AUGCCAACCGCGGCAGCUCGCGGCGUCGCGGCCGAGGCCCCCAUCCACCUUUGCGAGCUGGGCGUAUCCGCUCGUGGAAUCUUCCACACCCUCGUACUAUACCACAUCAACUCGGCGUUAAUGGCCGUAUCGCAAAGGUUCGGCUCGACAAUGCGUGCCUUCCGCGUGCGCAACCCUGCCACGACGCACUCUGCCGAGUGGAUCCGGAGGCAGAUCACUGACCGCUACACUCUGCAGGCGCAGGUGGACAACUAUCGCAGUCGCGCAGCGUAUAAGCUGCAGGAACUCGACGACCGGUUCCUGCUGCUGCGCAAGAGCCAGGUGGUGGUGGAGCUCGGAUGCUACCCUGGAGGAUGGUCUCAGGUGUGUGUAGAGCGCACGCUGGCCGGCGCCUCGGACGCACGAGUGAUUGGCGUUGACCGGCUCCAGAUGGACCCAAUGCCCAACUUCACCUUCAUCAAGGGCGACAUCAACGACGAGACUACCCACGCGCAUCUGCUGUCUGCUAUGGGAGGAGCGAAGGCUGACGUGGUGCUGAGCGAUCUGGCGCCGGCCUGCACCGGAGUGAAGCAGGACGACCACCUAAACUCCACCGAGUUGUGCAUGCAGGCGGCGCAGGUCAUGGAGAGGAUCAUUGCCGUGGGGGGCGCAUUUGUGGUCAAAAUAUUCAUGGGAGGCCAGCUGAUAAACUACCGUACCUACCUGCAGAGCCAGUUCAAGAUGGUGCACUCCGCCAAGCCAAAGGCGUGCCGGUCUGAAUCCAAGGAGAUGUACUUCGUUUGCAAGGGUUUCCUGGGCGCUCGUAACCUGCGCUCCGAUGUGCAGACUCGCGGCAAUCCAAAAUCAUCAACUUAUGGUGACGGUGCGCUUCCUCAGCUUGUUGUGGUAGAAGUUGUCGACAAGGGCAAGAAGGGAGUUUUGGUCGAUGUUGGUGAGCUUGGGGUCGUAGUAGACCUUCUGUGCCAGCAGGUCCAGCACUACCGCUUGCGGUUUGGCGUUCUUCUCGACGCCGCAGAUGGAGCGUAUGGCGCCACUACGCUUGUCAGGCGUUUUCGAGAUGAAGAACUUCAUCUGCCUUCCCUUGCGGUGGUUUGCGUGGUGCAUGGCGGCCUCCGCCAGCUGCGAUUCGAUGACCUGUUGGGUGGUGGUGUCGACGUCGUCCGCGAAUACGAUGACCACCGGCUGGUGGGCGAACGCGUCUACGUUGACAGCCACGUCCUCCACCAGUUGCCGUCCGUUCCUGUUCAGGUAGGAGGCGUACGGCAGCGCCUUGGCGCCACGGUCCGCCUCUACGUAGAAGCGGCCGUCUGCCGUGAUGACGUUGCCGCUGGGGUCGAGCAUUACCACUGCCGGUACCAUGGGUACCUUGAGGUACUGCUGCAGGAUGAGCCUGGAGUCGGCAUCCUCAAAAGGCACCGCCAACCAGUUACCGUUGUUGUCGAACAGCUCCUUUUCGAAGUCGGUCUGGUUCUUGUCAUUCGAGACGUAUACCACCUCGAACUUGCCGUCGGUCUUCUCUCCCACCGCUCUGUGGAAUUCCUGCAGCUUCUCGCUGAACUCCUUGCUUGA